AUGAUGGCCAGUUCGUACGGAAGGCCCAGCGAGGGGGCGGAGCUAGUCAGCUCUCUGGAGUGGAUGGAUGAUGACGUGAGCUCCCCAGACGGAGACAAGCCAAUCAAAGCGCAGCGCUACAGACCAGGCGGAAUGGGCCACCUGGGCAGGGAGCUGGGCAGCGAGGAUAUGGAGGAGGAUGAGGAGGAGGAGGAAGAGGAGGGCCAGGGAGACGGGAACGCUCCCAAACGCCGAGGGCCCAAGAGGAAAAGAAUGACCAAAGCCCGGCAGGAGCGCUUCAAGGCGCGACGUGUGAAGGCUAAUGCCCGGGAGCGCUCAAGGAUGCACGGGCUGAACGACGCGCUGGAGAACCUGCGCAGCAUCAUGCCCUGCCACUCCAAGACUCAGAAACUGUCCAAAAUCGAGACCCUGCGGCUGGCCCGAAACUACAUCUGUGCCCUGUCUGAAGCCCUGGAAGGGGACCAGUCCACGGAGAGCAGGGCCUUCAUGGAGACCCUGUGUGAAGGUCUCUCCCAGCCCACCAGCAACUUGGUGGCUGGCUGUCUGCAGCUCGGGCCUGGGGGUUUUGUUGAGGAGAGGCCUGAGGACAGGAAUGGGGGGAGAGGAGGGCCCACAGUCCUGGGAGGGGUGGGGAUGGCCGUUAGACCAAUCAGCUACUCCUCCCCCGGCCUGCCCAGCCCGCCCUAUGGCACAUUGGACUCCGCCCACCUGCUCCAUCUGAGGGGGAUGAAAGGAGGGGCUUACGAGAGCCACUCCCCUAUUGACUGUAACACCCCUCCCUACGACGGCCCCCCAACACCCCCGCUCAGCAUCGGCAGUAACCUGGUGCCCAAGCAGUCCUCUCCCCACUACCUCCCCCCUCACCACUACCCCCCCUCCUCCAUGGGCCUGUACCAGAGCGCCCGCUACGAGCUGCCCCUGGAGAUGCCCUAUGACUCGUACCACCCUCCUCACAUGGCACCCCCGCAGAUGGGAACGGUCUAUGGGGAUUAA